AAAAUCAAGCUGCAGGAGGAGUAGUUCGGGGACUGUUGUGGAGUCCGCGUCACCAAAAAAAUCAUAAAAGUGGGAGUUGACGGGCUAAUUUGUUGUGUGUUUUCUGUCGUCGAUUGGGAACUAUUAUUGACGCACCAGUCAGCAACAGCCAUGCCCGGGAUAGAGAAGCUGCCAAUCGAGGAGACACUGGAGGACAGUCCGCAGACGCGCUCUCUGCUUGGGGUGUUUGAAGAGGACACGGCUGCCAUCGCCAACUACUGCACACAGCUUUAUCAGGCCAUGCACAGGAUAUAUGACGCCCAGAAUGAGCUGAGCGCUGCCACACAUCUGACAUCCAGACUGCUGAAAGAAUAUGACAAACAGCGUUUUCCUUUAGGGGGCGAUGACGAGGUGAUGAGCUCCACCCUGCAGCAGUUCGCAAAAGUCAUCGAUGAGUUGAGCUCCUGUCACGCCGUCUUGUCCACCCAGCUUGCCGAUGCCAUGAUGUUUCCCAUAAGUCAGUUCAAAGAGAGAGACCUGAAAGAGAUUCUCACCCUGAAAGAGGUCUUCCAAAUAUCCAGUGACGAUCACGACAUAGCAAUCAACAGAUACAGUCGCCUGUCGAAAAAGAAGGACAAUGACAAGAUGCGGGCUGAGGCGGUGGAGGAUGUGUACACCUCGCGCAAGAAGCAGCACCAGACCAUGAUGCACUACUUCUGCUCCCUCAACACACUGCAGUACAAGAAGAAGAUGGCGCUGCUGGAGCCGCUGCUUGGCUACAUGCAAGCCCAGAUAAGUUUCUUUAAACUGGGUUCGGAAAACCUCACCCAGCAGUGGGAGGACUUCCUGGCCACUAUCGGAACCAGUGUCCAAAACGUUCGUCGAGAGAUGGAUGAGGAAUUGGGCCAGAUGCAGGAGACCAUUCAACAGAUGGAGAGUUUAUGUGACCCUCUGUACGCACCAUGCGACCCGGACCCAGUCCACUCACCCGUCUAUCGAAACCUCACCAGGAAGCAUGGCUACCUCUACAUUCGCAAUAAGACAGGCCUGGUGUCGUCGUCCUGGGAACGUCAGUAUUUCUUCACGCAAGGAGGCAACUUGAUGCAGCAGGGCCGGGCCGAAGUGGCGGGUGGCCUGGUUACCGACCUGGACAAUGCCUCUGUCAUGGCUGUGGACUGUGACGACCGCCGCUUCUGCUUCCAGGUCACGUCCUUCGAUGGCAAAAAAGUUGUGACACUGCAGGCACAGAGCAGAAAGGACUGCGAGGAGUGGAUCGCCACCAUCAACAACAUCUCUCGCCGCAUCUACCUGAGCGAGAACGCAGAGGUGUGCGAUGGACUUAGGCUAUGUUCACACUGCACGGAAGUGGCAGCUAGAGUCAACCAAUCAGCUAUUGAGGCAGUGACGCCGUCACCAUCUUUCCAGCAGAGACAUGACAGCAUGCGGCCAGCAAGCAAGGGGAGCGUGGGACGAGCAAGCAUCAGCUCUGUAGGCUCUGAGCCCUCGCCCGCCCUCUCGGUGCUCUCAUUGGACGCCCUGGUUGCCCCUGACACGCCCAUCCAGUUUGACAUCAUCUCGCCCGUCAGUGAAGACAACUCUGGACACAGCAAGACGGCAGCUCAGUCUGGCAGGAGAAGUAAUCCAUUCGGAGAGUCAGGUGACAACCCAGUUGAGGACAAUGAAGACUCUAUCCUUCACCAGCUCUUCAUCGUUCGCUUCCUGGGCUCGAUGGAGGUGAAGACUGCUGAGUCAGCAGAUGUCAUCCCUGAGACCAUGAGGCAGAUCCUGGCGGCUCGGGCCAUCCACAACAUCUUCAGGAUGACCGAGUCGCACCUGCUGGUCACCUGCGAUUGCCUCAAGCUCAUCGAUCCCCAGACACAAGUUACUCGACUCUGGUUCCCCCUGGGCAGCGUGCUUCAGUCGUCGUCCCACCAGGACAACAAGAGGCUGUUUGGAUUCAUCCUCCAGGCGGCGAGCGGGCGGCCCAACAACCGAGCCGUGUGCUACAUCUUCGAGUCCAACGAUGACGGCGAGAAGAUCUGCGACAGUAUCGGCCUGGCCAAGCAGAUUGCCCUCCACUCUACGCUGGACCGCAAGGCGGCAGAGAAGAGGAAGGAGGAGGACAAGGCCAAAGAGAAGCAGCAGGAGGAGCUUAGCAAGCAGAAACAAAUAGAGAAGGAUCUGGAGGAGCAGAGUCGCCUCAUCGCCGCCUCAAGUCGCCCUGGUAAUCCAACAGCAGGCGAUGGACACUUUGUGGUGCUGAGCAACAGCCAAUCAGAGGACAGCGAUGCAGCGGGGGAGGAGGGCAAGAAGAAGGACGAGUCGGAAGCCUGACAAUACAUGAAAGAAUGCAUGUUUGACCCCCGUACAGCACCAACACUCGAGUCCAUGCUCAGGAAUCAACACCCGCCCGUCUGGGCUGCCUGGGAAUGAAAAACAAGCCCUACAUCUCUAGUUACUGACUCUAGGUUCUGAACAAUGCUUUUAUACAGGCUCCUGAAAAACAUGCAGCUACAAAAUCAACCUUAUUGUGUAAUUUCCUUUUAUAAACAAGCUGCAAGGAGGUGAAGCAGACCCAGAAACAGACCCGCCCCUUUCUCAUGUUCAGUUUGGAUACUAAGCUCUGCCUACAGCCGCUGCCGACUGAUCGGUCCACUAGUGAGAGUUGAGCACUCUUAGGAUUUUUUUUUUUAAUGUCCUCUGUGGCACUUUUUUAAACGAGCUUUCUCUAAGGCAGUCACUGCAGCUUCCAAGGGCACACCAGUAUUAAUGGUGUAUGUUCAAGCUCAGUCACUUUCCAACCCAAAAGCACCACAUUGCAUACAUGACCGCUGCCGCCUGGCCCUUGAGCUUCCAUUUUGAUUCUACUGAGCACUGAGGUCAAAGGUUGGCUCCACGGCAGAGCCUCAAAGGUUUCAAUGUACACUUCCUCGAUAAUAAUGGAAAGUACUGUGCUAUGAUUACUGUGUAAAAAAAAAAAAAAAAGUCGUUUUAUUUGGCUCAGAAGUAAGAAGUGUGUCAAAUGUAUUCAAAUCUACAAGGAAUGAUAACGAUAGAUCUCUGGGUCAGAAAUCACAACCUUCACGAUAGAGGACAAAAUCUGUACGUUUACUAUAGAUACAUUAAUGUUUGGAUUUUGUGUAUGUUUUUGCUGCAGGCGAAAAGCUCAUAUCGACCGUUCAGCACUUUACUGACGCCAUAUUGGACUGUAAAUACGCCUCAGUGAUAAGUGUCAUUUAAUCAAUGGCUUAAAUUGCUUUUUACAGACGAAUAAAGCACUAACUCCAUCCACCUUGACUCUGCUACAGUUGGCAUAUGAAAUGAAAGGCGUUAGUCUGUGUUAAGUUCUGUAAUGGGGGCAUAGUGUUCCAAUUACUAUAUCCCGCCUUCUUCCUGUUCAGCAUGACUGCGAAUUGUAGAGAGCGUCUUAUCUGUGUAACAGCCAUUAAUGCCACUCACACUCCGUCCCGAACUACAAACUCAUCCAUCUUAAGACACAGCUGUUUCUUGAAGCCGUUAUUGGAAACUGAUGCUCGCCGGUGGUGGGGAUUUUUUUUUAGCCAAGGAGGGACAGCACCUCUCAUGCUAACGUGAAAUAUUUUGUGUGGAAACACGACGAAAAAGAUUUUAACAAGUAACCUAUUUCAAGUAGCAAAUACGAAAAAUAUUUUUGCCUUUUUUCUAAGCUUGAAGGCUUAACUUGCACGGCUAGCUCAUACAGCCGAACUGUUGAACGCUCGAACUGGUCAAAUGACAUGUUUAUACUUGACUUACAGUCAUCCUAUUCACAGUACAAUAUGUUUGUGCAAAACAUAAAGUACUUUGCAGCGAUUACAAACCUGGAAAAAGUGUUAAUUUGAUUGUGCUCACCUAAUAGCAUACGAAAAUGGAGCCGCUAAAAGUCCCUGCGCAUGCAUUAGUGCGGCGGCCAUCUUGGAAACACAUCUUGACAAAAUACAACUUUGCGUUUGUGGUUGCAAAAUAUACAACAUUGAACACAUAAAAUUACAUUGAACACAUAAAAUGACUGUGAAAUAGUUAUACUAUGAGGCUUGUUUAUACAACAUUGAACACAUAAAAUGACUGUGAAAUAGUUAUGCUAUGAGGCUUGUUUAACGCGUUUGAUAACUUCAGAUCGCUGGUUUCACUGUAAACAAAUGAAACAAAUGUCGAAAGUGGUGUCCCUUUCCUGAAAGAUAACCUGCCGGCAACACCUCAACACAUUCCGCCCUGCAUUUCGACCUACCUUCAUCAUGCUCUGAGCAUGAGCAUAGCUAUCCACAUAUACUUUACUUACAUAUAAGUGUUUAAAAUCUGAUUAAAUACAAGCAUUAAUAUAAGCCAGCUAAUGAAUGAUUAUGAAAAGCUAAUACUGCAGUCACAUAAAAAUAUUUUCCGUCUAUUAAUAAAGCUCAUACUCAUAUUCAAAAUUUAAAAAACACAAAUUGGUCCACCCUUGACAACUUU